AUGCGGUCGUCGUCGCCGCGCCCGUGUGUCUCGCCGUCGCCUCGCCCCCGCAGUAGCCGCCAUCGCCUCGCCGUGCCCAGCAGCCGUCCGCACCGCGCCACAGGCCGCGUCGCGCCCGUGGCAGCCCCGAGCCGCACCGCGCCCGCGCGGCGCCGCGCCGAGCACCCGGCCACCCGCGCCCUCGCCGUGCCCCCAGCCUCUAGUGCAGCGCCGCGCCACGCCUAUCCGCGCUGCGCCGCGACCUGUGCCCGCCCUCGCCUGAGCCACGCCGCGCCGCGUAGAGCACCCGGCCGCCCGCGCCCUCGCCCCACCCCCGGCCUCCUGCGCUGCGCCCCGCUCCGCCUAGCGCCCGUGCCCCGCCGCCGCCAGUACUGCGCCGCGGCCGCCGGCGCCCGUGGUGUGUUGUGUGGUGUGUAUUGUGUGCGUGGAGUGUGGGCCGGUGCGGAGCUUUAA